AGUAAUCAUUGGCGGAGCUAGGUUAAGGGUUGUGGGGUCCAUGGACCCCACUUGGAAAAUGAAUAUACAUUGAGAAUGGUGGAUUUUUAAGGUGGGGUUAGUAAAUUUAGAACCACGGACCCCCUCUUUCCGAGACAAUGAUUUUACUAUCGAGUCAAACUUCAUAUUUGGUUAUGUUUGGACCCCACUAAAUUAUAUCUCUGGCUACGCCAAUAAAAGUAAUCAUGUAUGAUUGGAAAUAGAUAGAAUUCCAUUUGCUAUUUUAUUGGCUACCAAACAAGCUAUUAGGGAUUUCGGCAGGCAGUAAGCCCUCGACGCGGGGGAGCUAAAUUGUCAUCUAACUUAAAAAAAAAAACAGAACGCCAAAGUCAACAAAAUCAACACUCGACGGCCACCUUACUCAAAGUUACUGUUUUCUCAAUACCUUAUACCUCUAUUAACGCCAACUAAUCCUACGCCUUUCCCUAAGUAUGACUUUAACCAGAACCACAUGGCUUCUCUAUAAGUAAUAAGAUUCUCAGUUAAGCUCAUUCAGAACGAUUCCCCAGUAAACAAAAGCGUAAAAGAAAGACUUACCGGCUUCUUUUCUUGUUCGACCAUAAAGACCUGCGAGAGUCUUUCUUGGACUCUGCUGGAGACUUAGAUUGCAAGUUAGCACGGAUUCCAGUCCAUGCUCCAAUAGUAAUUCAAUGGGCAAAAUAAGUUCUCAAUCUGCAGGCUAGGAUAUGCAAAAAGAGAAAAUCGUCUUCAUAGUCUCCAACUCAUUGAACAGUCGGUGGCGCUCCUGAAGAGCUAUCUUGCAGACAUUCUUGUUUCCUCAGUUCACAGGUGUGCCUUUCGUUCUUGCAGUCUUUCUAAUAGUCUUGUUAUGAGUAAGCGAAAUGGCAUUGCAUAACUUGCAGUGAGCGAACGGUGAGAUAUUUCAUUUCGUUUUUCAGGUCACUCCCACUGCUAUGCUAUGGAAAACCAGCAAGGACUUACAGUUCCACGGAGUUUCCUGACUGCUAUGGCCGUUUGCUUCAUAGCUUUGCCUGUUUUGGUCAUCUUGGUCCCUGGGAUUCAUCAUGAAUCCUCUAUCUCUGAUGUGCUCGGGCGAUUGUACAAACUACACCCAGUUGGACAAGGAGCUGCUCAUAAUGACAGCAAUGCACACAACCUGUCUGAUGAUGGUCUUUUUGCUCCAGGGUUCGACGAGAAGUCAUGCUUAAGCAGAUUCCAGCACCGACUUUACCGCAAAUCUGAAAGGAAGCCUUCUGCUUAUUUACUCUCCAAACUGAGAAGCUACGAACAUCUCCACAGGCGCUGUGGCCUCUACACUGAUCCCUACAACAGAACUCUGACAGUGAUCAGGUCAGGGGAGGACGUCGAUGAUACCACCACUGGUAGCAUUACUGCCUGUAAAUAUCUCAUAUGGCAUCCUGUGAAUGGCCUAGGGAACAGAAUGAUAAGUCUGGCAUCCACAUUUCUCUACGCUUUGCUAACCGACAGAGUUCUUCUUGCUGAUCUUACCCAAGACAUGGCUGAUCUCUUCUGCGAGCCGUUUCUGGGCUCUCCUUGGAUCCUACCUCUGGAGUUUCCUCUCAGGAACCUUGCCCGUAACGGUAAGUUAAGAUUUGCUCACAGCGCCGGCAAAGCCCUGAAGAACAGCACAUUGAAAGUGACACCACCAGACUCCCCUGCCAAAGCACCUCCAUUUCUUUUCAUCAAUCUAUACCAAGGGAAGUACGCUGAUGAGCCUAGUAGUUUCUACUGCGAUGAAAGCCAAUCAUUUCUUCGGAGAGUCCCCUGUUUGAGUCUGCUAUCGGACCAAUACUUCGUGCCUUCUCUCUUCCUCAUUAAGUCAUUCAAAAAGGAGGCAAUCAGACUGUUCCCAGAGAAAGAAGCAGUCUACCAUCACCUGGUUCACUAUCUAAUGCUCCCUUCGAAUCAGGCUUGGGAGCUAAUCACCAGAUUCUACGAAGCAAAUCUUGCCAAAGCAGAUGAAAGGAUCGGGCUCCAAGUAAGAGUCUUUGAAGAGCAAUUCAUUCCAAUUCUUACAGAUAAAAUUCUGACUUGCUUGCAGAACCAAACCCAUCUUCCUAAGAUCGACAACAAGAAACCGAAACUUUCAUCUUCUUCUUCCUCACCCAGAAAUCAGACACCAACAACAACAACAACAGCUGUCCUAAUAACAUCCUUGUACCCACAAUUCUACCAGAACCUCAGCACAAUGUACUCAAACAAACAAACAGUUAGCGGCGAAGUGAUCAAGUUUUACCAGCCGAGCCACGAGGGGAAGCAGAGGUUCGAGGACGGCGAGCACAACAUGAAGGCAUUGGUUGAGAUAUAUCUGCUUAGCAUGUGUGAGAAGCUGGUGAUUAGCGCAGAUUCGACCUUUGGGUAUGCAGCUCAGGGUUUAGGAGCAAAUCGAGCCUGGAUCCUGCUACGACCGGGGUAUGGUUUCCUUGAUUCAUGUGUAAGAGACCUGUCAGUAGAGCCAUGCUUUCAAUGGCCUCCUCCGUCUAGGAACUGCAUUGGCGAUAGAAACAACAGCGGCAGCAGCAGACACGAUGAUGUUACUGAAAAUGUGGCUUAUUUGAAGCAUUGCGAGGACUGGAAGAGUGGAGUGAAACUAGUUGACGUUCAUGAAGAGUUGUAGAAGCUAGCUCAAGAUGGCGAUGAUUGAAUUCUUUAGGAGGAGGAAUAUGGCCAAUUUGUUUAUCAGUAGAACGAAGUGAGAAAUAUAGUUGAAUCGAUUGAUUUUUCCUUUUAGGGUUUGGUUGUCUGCUGCUGGUAGUAUUCGGAAUUGGCAUUUGGCAGGAAUAAAGCUAAUUUCAUCUUAAGAGAGUAGAAAGAGGACAUUAAUAAAAUAUUUGUUUUAUAUGAUGAAUUCUUUGUUUUAGUAACUUCAGUUGGUUUAAAAAUAGGAUGCAAUUUUUGAACUAAUUCACUCUAUUGGAUGAACUAAUUUACUCUACGCGUCUGAUCCGUUACUAUUCGCCUCAUUCUUGAUUCAUUUUAUCUAAAUUAUAUGCAAUUUUAUUCUUGUUAAAUCAUAUUUUAGUUGUAAUAAAAUUAAAAAUAGGCG